UUGGCAGACUUCGUGAAAUAUGACUCUGAGGCGUGUGUCGAUCAUUGGUUCUGGCAAUUGGGGUUCUACAAUUGCUAAGAUCGUUGGGAACAAUGUAAAGAGUUUUACGGAGUAUACGCCAGAGGUUCGAAUGUGGGUGCAUGAAGAAAUGAUAGAUGAUCGCAAGCUGACAGAAAUAAUCAACACAACACAUGAAAACGUGAAGUAUUUGCCUGGUGUUAAACUGCCGGAUAACGUUGUUGCCAUUCCAGACGUAUCUUCAGUAGCUCGCGACGCAGAUGUUCUUGUGAUUGUUAUGCCCCACCAGUUUCUUGAUAAGACACUUUCUGCAAUGAAAUCUGACGUUAAACCAAGUGCAUACGCUGUUUCCUUGAUGAAGGGUCUAGCCCUCAGCGACGACCAUGGGAUCCGACUACUAACGGAUUGCAUUAGAGAAAUACUGAAAAUACCUUGUGCAGCUCUUAUGGGUGCCAACCUGGCAACUGAAGUUUCUCAAGAAAACUACUGUGAAGCGACUAUUGGUAUUGACGAUGCACAAAUUGGAUCUGAACUUAAAAAGCUCUUCCAGGACGAAGAUAUUGAUAACCAUCAAACUGGUGAUGCCGAAAAAGCGUCAGUUUUUAAUAUAUUCUCAUCAACGGUAGCUGAUUCCAGUAUCGUUCCUCAUCCCACUGAUAAAAUCCAGUCAGCUAGAUAUCUCAACUCACUGGUUAGAGGCAAAACUAAUCCAGACCAUUUAUCUUAUUUAAAAGAUAAAUUAUAUCGGAUAUUAGUGAUUGACUACUUCAGUUCACGGACUGUCAUCUUAGUAACAGAAUAUUCUAAUGAGCGUGAUGCAAUACAAAAGAAGGCCUUCACAAACUGGGUUAAUCAACAUUUAGUAAAGCGUAAUUGUUGGGUCCAGGAUUUAUUUCUUGAUUUGCGUAAUGGAUAUCUGUUAGUACGCCUAUUAGAAUGUUUAACAAAUGAAGUAUUGGGACUUGAAUAUAUUGAAAGUCGUGUUCAUUGGAUUCAGAAUAUUCAACGUGUAUUGGAUUUUCUUCGAUAUCGUGGGAUCCGUAUAGUUAAUAUUCGAGCUGACGAAAUCGUUGAUGGUAAUCCUAAAUUAACACUAGGCCUAAUUUGGAUCAUAAUUUUACACUUCCAAUUAGCGGAAUUAAUUGAGGAUCAAACUAAAAUUCAAUCGAAUAUUCGUGUUGACCUAUCUAUGGACAAUGCAGCUAAACAAACGCUUCUUAGUUGGUGUCGUGCUGUCACGUCCAACUAUCCAGGUGUCUAUGUAAAAGAUUUCAGCGAAUCAUGGGGUGACGGGCGUGGAUUUCUUGCUUUGAUACAUCGUUAUAGGCCUGAUUUAAUUGAUUUCCGUCAAGUUGAUCGUCAAUCGGCUCGCGAAAAUCUUGAUUUGGCAUUCGAUUUAGCCGAACGUGAACUUGAAGUUACGCGUCUAUUCGAUCCAGAUGAUAUUUCAAAGAUAACAGAUGAACGAUCAAUUAUGACUUAUGUGGCUUCACUGUAUGAUAAAUUAGUUUGUAAUUCUCAACAUCGCUCAUCAUAUCCGUUAGCAAUCAUACCCCCUAUGCCUUCCUUAUACCAUGACUCUCAUACACCUGGACCUGUAGAUUCAACUUUCCAAUUUCAAGCUUCAAAUCAACUACCGGAUGAAUUGAAAUCGCUAUGGUCUGAUUAUCGGGUUCUAGCUAGUGAUCUAAUUCAAUGGCUUCGAUCAACAACUGACCGUUUGGCUAAUCGUCAUUUCCCAUCAGAUUUAAAAGCUAUGCAAGAACGCGUGAUGGAUGAAAUCCGACGACAUCGACGCGAUGAACGACCUAGAAGAGAAAGAGAACGCCAACAACUAGUUCGUAUGUAUGAAGAACUAAAGCCGUCUAUUGAACGUGGAAUACUCCCAGUUGACAUAUUCCUUCGUAUUGAACAAAUUCUUCGUUUGUGGGAUGAAUAUGAUGUUGCAUUACAAGAACGUGAAUUGGCUGCAAGAAACGAAAUACAUCGGUUGGAUCGGUUGCAGUGGGCUGGUAAUCGGGCUCUACGGGAUUGUGUUCAAGUCCAAGCACAGUUAACUGCGUUACAACGUCGAGUGGCUGAGCUACCAACGCGAUCUCAAGAGGAAAAACAGGUCUUGAAUGAAUCUUUACAACUGCUUGAACAACAGUAUCAACAAUUAGUGGAUGCAUCAUCUAAGCGUCGAAGUAUGGCUCAAUCAUUAUUGGAAUUCGUUGAACGUGCUAGUAAUGAAUUAAUUUGGCUCCGUGAGCGUGAAUCAUGUGAAGUGACACGAAAGUGGACUGAGAUUUAUUAUGAUGGAUUAGAUCGUGUUCGAAUUCACUUCCAAAAACUUAUGCAUGAGAUUCAUGAGAAAGAAGUUGUCUACAAUGAACUCAGCGUAUUGGGUUCAUCUAUUCAGUUAGAGAAUUACUCUGUAACUGAUCUUGUACAAACUUAUCUGAACGCCUUAGAACGUCAUUGGGCUUGGUUACUACAAUUGACUUACUGCUUCGAAGCACAUAUAGAACAAGGAACUCGUUUCCAAAGCUUUUUCAAUGAUGUCAAACAAUGUGAACUACUAUUGACCACAGCCCUAGAAGAAUUACGUUCACACUAUGAAUCAACUCUGAAGGCAACAACAGCUGAACAAGGUGAAACUCUUUUAAAACAACUACAAGAACUGUAUACUCGAGUGAUUGGUCAAGAAACAUUUAUAUUCCAAUUAGUUGACUUAAGUCAAGAAAUUGUUCCACCAAUUCCUGAUAACUUGAAUUCACAAGAAGAAAAUACAUCAGCUAUAAUAGGUCGUCGUACACGUGUCCUUUGUUCAUUCCAACCUAAAGAUUAUUUUAUUGAUAGUCAUCAACGCUAUUCCGGUGAUUUAUCAUUGAUCAAUUCUGUCAAUACAUGUAACAUGUCAAUUGUAAACACUAGUAGUAUUAUCGAGCCUAUAUUCUGGCCAGUCGGUGAUAGUACAGGCUGUUUUGAUAAAGGCGAUUUUCUUACAAUAUUGGAGAAUCCCGAAGCUCAUAGACUUCAAGUUCGUACAGCUAAUGGAUCCACGUUAACUGUUCCGAUGAUAUGCUUUUUACCCUGUUGGCCUUGUAGUGAAGCUAUGGAUAGAGCUAAAUGUAUUGUAUCAACUUUACAGCACUUUAAAACAUGUUGGUCUGAACUAAAUUUACGGUUACGUGGACAUUUGUUAACUAUCGCAAUGUCCAAGUUCAUUGAAAAUCCUGUCCAACAUGAUAUUCCUCAACAAAUGGAUCUACGAAAGGUGAUUUACCAUGAUGCUGAACGAUAUUGUUUAGAACUACAACUAGUCAAUACACCUCUUCCAGAAGUGGAUAAAUUUAAACAAAACUUUAUACUUUUCCAAAAUAGUUGUAUUGAACAGUUAUAUAAUGUCCCAGCAAUGAAUGGGGACGAUGUUAGUGGUAACAGCUGUUUAAAAAUUCAACUAUCAGAAAUGUAUGCAAUUGUUGAUGAAUUGAGAACAAUAUUGAGCACUUUAACAGAGCGUCUUAGAGAAUCAAACUCUCUUCCUCUACCAGGUAGAUCAUGUGACAUGGAAGUGCGGAUUAAAGAACACAAGAAAUGGUCUCAUGCUUUAGCUCGUGUUCUCGCUCAAUGCACAGAAUUAGAACAGCAUAUAAGUCAAUCGGAUGGACAAGGUACGAGUUCUAGUGAAUCAUCAAACACAAUACUGAGUACAAGUCUCUCUGCCUUACACAGAGCAGCUAGUGAAUUGGCUUUGACAGGUCAAGAAUUUGCUUGUCGUUUAGCUGAUGCAGAUGCAUGGAUUGCUCGUUUAGAACAAACUGAUCAAAUGCUGAUAGAUUGUGAGCUAUGUUUAUUAGGAUGUGCAGUACGUGUACACGGUCUUCUGCAAAGCGAUGAUCUGAAUAAUGAUCCAAAUAGUUCAGCAGAUGGUCUUCGUAUCUGUGUAGUUGAAAGAGCUCAUAGAGAUUUAAAGUCUGUUGCAGAACGUCUUCCGCAAAUUCGAUCAGAUCUGGAUUCGCUGAGUCAACAGUUGACUCGAUUUAUGGCCUCCAGCGGAACAUGUGGAGACACAAUUAAUCGUUGUGAUAAUGCCUAUGAAAAGUCAAAUUUAUUGAAGCUGAAUCUAUCACCACCUGGUGAUAAUCAUCACUUGGAAUCAAAUCUUGCCUGUUCUGAACAUCGUUUAGCUGAGGCAACCAAAGAAGUUGAGCAAGAACUUAAAGCAUUCGGUGAAUCAUUGGUUUGUUUCUCCAAUUAUCAGAAACUAUCCAGUCAGCUUAGUUUGUGGUUAGGUGAAUUCGCUUCUCGUAUGCGAUCAUUCGGUGAAAUGACUAAAUCCUUGGGAAUAAAGUCAUCUAGUGAAAAUAUUGUGUCAGUACAGAAUCCUGGUUUAUUCAAAGAAGUUUUGAAACAAUCUGAUGAUUUACUGACUGAUUUACAAGUGCAUUCUGAUGUUAUUGAACAAUUGAAUAGAGAAGUUGCUCAUCUGAUAUCUUCGUUAACUAAUUAUGCAGAACGAACCCAAAAUUAUCGCGAAUUAGUUGAGAAUACAAUACUGCAAACAACAGAUGAGUUGAAUAGUCAGUUUAAUAUUCACUCUCGUCACAUAUAUGAUAUAGUGAAUUGUUUAAAUAAGCUUCUAAGAUCGAAAGAAUCUUCAACUGUGAAUAAUAUAUCCGGUCCAAAUUUUGUAAAACCUUAUCGUGAAUUAUAUACAGGAGUAUGGCCUAAAGAAUUAAAUAAUCGAUUGAAAGAAGCUCAGUCUUCUCCUUUCAAGUCAAAGUAUCAAGAGAAUGGAGAACACAAUGGACUGAACGUAACAGAAAAUUCACUGGAUAAAAAAUGCUCAAAUUCAUAUUCAUCCACCCAUAAGGAAAAGUUAAUUGGAACGAAGGAGUUGAAAUCAGGUGUACAUCUUAGUGGCGUGCAUAAUCAACCCAUCUGUUUGCUGCCAACAGGUUGGGAAGCGGCAACAUUGGCUACAAUAUCUAAGGCGCAUCAGUUAUACGGACCAAAAAUUUUUCAAACUUCUGGUUCAUGGUUUGUAACUCAGUUGACCGGAGAGAAUGAAACACAUGGGUUUGGUGAAACACUCUGUGUAGGAGAUGCACUGCGUUGUGGAUUAUUCGACCUAGCUGCAAAAACUUGUCGCCAAAAUCGAUCGUCACUUGCUAUACGUUGUCUGAUGCUGUAG